UGAGGACUGGAGUUCGACACCCCUGGUCUAUCACAUGAAAUCCCAGGAAAAUGUAUUGAAGCUCAUGACUGUAAUGUGACAAAGUGUGAAAAGUGGAGCGUUUUAUCAUUGCGCUGUAACAGUUUGAAUGGUCAGCAAGAGUAGAAAAGGAAAGCGUCUGGUCAGGAGUCACUACAAGCUUUUGUGUUGAAAUGAAAAACAUUGGUCAGGUUUCCUUCUCUCCCAGAAAUCCAGGCCUGCAACACUUCAGCUGGGAUGGAUUCUGAAGUUCUGGUGCUGGACAGUCACCUGAACAUCCACCUGGACCUGCUGAAGGCUGACAUUGAAGGUCAGAUUCAUGAGUUGGAAAACAAACUGACUGCCAGUCAUGUGCGCCUGGAAGGCCUGAGUGCUGCUGCUGAGCAUCGCCUGAACGAAGCUGAAAGACAACAGGAUGAACUCAGGAACCACAAGACAGAGGUGGAGAGCAGACUGAGGUCCAGAGAAAAACAACUGGAAGAUCAGAAGACCUUAAACACACACAUGGAGACCAGACUGAGAUCUACUGAGGAACAACUGGACCAGUCAAAGAAUCAGUCUGCAGUUCUGGAGGUCAGACUGAGAGUCAGUGAGAGACGACUGGAGGAGCAGGAAACAGGAAGCUCAGCUGACAUCCUGGUCCAACUGAAAUCCACCGAAGCUCAGCUGGUCCAGUUAAAGAACCACACAGCAGUUCUGGAGGUCAGACUGAGAGUCAGUGAGAAGAUCCUGGAAGACCUGAAGAACGAAAACUCAGAGUUGGUGAGUAAACUGAGAGCCAGAGAGACGCAGCUGGAGGACCAGAAGACAACAAACAUAAACAUGGAGACCAGACUGAGAUCUACUGAGGAACACCUGGACCAAUUAAAGAAUCAGUCUGCAGUUCUGGAGGUCAGACUGAGAGUCAGUGAGAGACGACUGGAGGAGCAGGAAACAGGAAGCUCAGAGGUGGAGAGCAGACUGAGGUCCAGAGAAAAACAGCUGGAAGAUCAGAAGACAACAAUCACUGACAUGGAGACCAGACUGAGUUCUACUGAGGAACAAGUGGAGCAAUUAAAGAAUCAGUCUGCAGACAUGGAGGUCCGACUUGGAUCAACUGAGGCACAGCUGGAGCAGCUGGAGAAUCACACAGCAGUCCAGUUCUCCCAGAUGGAGUCCAGACUAACUGAUGGACUGAAUAGAACAACAGAGUUGGUGAGCAGACUGAGAACCGGUGAGAAACAACUGAAAGAGCUGAAGUUUAGUAACUCAAACAUGGAGACCAGACUGAGAUCUACUGAGGAACAACUGGACCAAUUAAAGAAUCAGUCUGCAGUUCUGGAGGUCAGACUGAGAGUCAGUGAGAGACGACUGGAGGAGCAGGAAACAGGAAGCUCAGAGGUGGAGAGCAGACUGAGGUCCAGAGAAAAACAACUGGAAGAUCAGAAGACAUUAAACACAUACAUGGAGACCAGACUGAGAUCUACUGAGGAACAACUGGACCAGUCAAAGAAUCAGUCUGCAGUUCUGGAGGUCAGACUGAGAGUCAGUGAGAGACGACUGGAGGAGCAGGAAACAGGAAGCUCAGCUCAGUUCUCCUGGAUGGAGUCCAGGCUGACGGAUGAACAGCGCAGAACUGCAGAGUUUGAAACCCAGCUGUCAGCUGUGACUUUCAGACUGAACGUGACUAAGGAGCUUCUGGAUGAUCUGAAGAAACAAAGUCUAGCUGGAGCAGCUGAACUGGCUUCACUUUCAGAGAGACUGACCGCAGCUCAGGGGAACACAGAAGAUGAGGUGAAGGUGGCUUUUUCAGCCGGUCUGACUGAUUCAGGAAUAGUCGGUCCAUUUGAUGAAGAAACUACUCUGAUCUUCUCCAAAACCAUCACCAACGUUGGCCGAGGAUACAACAGCUCUGCAGGUGUUUUCACCGCUCCAGUCACGGGACUUUAUUUCUUCAGCUUCACGGCUGCAGAUUACUUGAAGGGUUACAUGGGCCUGUACCUGUACAGGAACGAGCAGCAAGUCACCUUCAGCCUGGACCUGAAUGACCAUGGAGGAUACGCCUCCAUGACCAGUGCAGUGGCUCUGCAGCUGGAUCGGGGCGAUCGGGUUCGCCUCGCUCUGCCAGCCAGCUAUCGGCUCUAUGACGACUCCAGAAACUUCAGCGUGUUCUCAGGUUUCCUGCUGUUCCCGGUCUGACCUGGCUACGUCAGGAGCAACAUGGAGUCUUCACUCAGACUGAAAUAAAAGUAAAUUUUUUGAGCCUCCUUCUCAGUUUUUUGCCGGGUGACUGUUAAGGAGUUUGUCCAUGGACAAAGAAGCAA